CUCAGUGCCUGCACCGGACCGGCGGCCACACACACACGGGGAAGAGAUGGCGGCCAGAGGGGGAUUUCAGUCGGCACCCACGGGUGGUGGGGGCGGUGUGAUGGGUCCUGGGCCGCCGGUACCGGGUGCGGGACCUGGCAUGGGUCCGGGGACUCCCACCGGUAGGAUGGGACCUUCACCGGCCGCGCAGAACCACUUGUACCGCUCCCCGAUGCCAGGGCCCGGCUACCCGAGACCAGGCAUGCCUCCAUCCAGUCGCAUGAACCCGCAGGGGCCGGCCAUGGGCCCACCGGGGUACGGCGGCAGUCCCGUGUCCCGCCCGGGCAUGCCCGGUGUGAUGGAUCCAUCUCGCAAGAGGCCCGCCCCUCAGCAGAUCCAGCAGGUGCAACAGCAGAGCCGGAACCAGCACACAAAGAAGAAGAAGAUGGCUGAUAAAAUACUACCUCAGAGGCAGAUCAGGGAACUGGUCCCUGAAUCUCAGGCUUACAUGGAUCUUCUGGCCUUUGAGAGGAAGCUGGACCAGACAAUUAUGCGCAAGAGGCUGGAUAUCCAGGAGGCCCUCAAGAGGCCCAUAAAGCAAAAGAGAAAGCUUCGCAUCUUCAUAUCAAACACAUUCAAUCCCGCCAAACCCGAUGCUGAGGAUGGAGAGGGCACUGUAGCGUCCUGGGAACUACGUGUGGAGGGGCGUCUACUGGAAGAUACUGCCGUAUCCAAGUAUGAAGCCACUAAACAGAAGAGGAAGUUCUCCUCUUUCUUCAAGUCUCUGGUCAUUGAGUUGGACAAAGAUCUUUACGGUCCAGAUAAUCACCUUGUGGAGUGGCAUAGGACCGCAACCACCCAGGAGACUGAUGGCUUCCAGGUGAAGAGACCCGGUGAUGUGGGCGUUCGCUGCACUGUCUUGCUCAUGCUGGAUUACCAGCCCCCGCAGUUCAAGCUGGACCCUCGCCUUGCUCGCAUGCUGGGGAUCCACACCCAGACCAGGCCGGUCAUCAUUCAGGCCCUGUGGCAGUACGUCAAGACCCACAAGCUGCAGGACCCUCACGAGCGAGAGUACAUCAACUGCGAUAAGUACCUGCAGCAGAUCUUUGAGACCCAGAGGAUGAAGUUCUCUGAGAUCCCACAGCGGUUGCAUGCACUUCUGAUGCCUCCAGAGCCUAUCAUCAUCAACCAUGUGAUCAGCGUGGAUCCCAACGACCAAAAGAAGACGGCUUGCUACGACAUUGACGUGGAAGUUGACGACACACUGAAGACCCAGAUGAACUCCUUCCUGCUUUCCACGGCCAGUCAGCAGGAGAUAGCAGGGCUGGACAACAAGAUCCACGAAACCAUCGAGACCAUCAACCAGCUAAAGACCCAGAGGGAGUUCAUGCUCAGUUUUGCCAGGGACCCUCAGGGCUUCAUCAACGACUGGCUGCAGUCGCAAUGCAGAGACCUCAAGACCAUGACGGACGUCGUGGGCAACCCAGAAGAAGAGAGACGAGCGGAGUUCUACUACCAGCCGUGGGCUCAGGAGGCCGUCUGCCGCUACUUCUACUCCAAGGUGCAGCAGAGGCGACAGGAGCUGGAGCAAGCCCUUGGCAUCAGGAACACCUAAAGAACUCCAGUCUGAUGUUCUCCACGAGUGAUUAGACAUAGGUUCUAGGACGGCCAUGUUGGAUGACAAGUUUGUUUGCCUUGUUCUCCUUUUCUAGCACAAUGAGUUUGCAUGUCUUAACCAUACAUUCCUUUCCCACGUGGACUCACAUUCUACACCCCGCCAAUGAAGAGCAGACAAGCAGAUUAUACCUGACAACACUUCAUUCAUCCAGUUUUUUUUUGUUUGUUUGUUUGUUUGUUUUUUUAAACCACCAACCUCACCCAACUCAUGCUGAUAUUGUUUAAAUCUCCUCAAUCAUGGUGUGACGCAUUCAAGCAACGAACAUGUUUCAGGUAAUCAUGUAUUUCUUUCUAUCUUUAACAAAUACUUCUCUUUUAUUUUGAUUAAUCCUUUUCAUGAACUAUGAAUAGUAUAAGUACUUGUCUUGUUAGCUAGUACAGAAGAAGAUCAAGGAAGUAGUUAGUACCAGUACCUCUUGUCCAAAUACUUUUUUUGUACAUACUGAGCAGAAGAUGAAGUCCAAUUGUACCUCUUAUCCCAACAAAUGUUGUUUUUUUUUCUAAACUUUUGUCUAAGGUCAGAUAGUAGAAGCUGCAUUUAUAAUUGAUCAGUUUUUUGCACUCCCUAAACACAAGAGCAGUGGUCACUUGGAACUUGGGAGGAGUGAUGUCUGAUUAGGAAACAACACUGUAGUAUUAUUUGAAUUAUUUUCUUGGACCAAACCUAUUUUUCUGUAUGUUAUUAUAUCAUAAUAAAGGACACGUUAAGAAAGUUGA